UAUUUUAUUUUGCAGAUAAGCAGGAACUACAGAAGCAUGUCUGAUGCUCCCCAACCAAAGCCAAAACCCAAGAUAAGUUCAGCCCGUCGGCUGGGGUUGAAGAUGAGGCUGCUGAGUACAGCAAUGGAAAUGCUGAUGGUAGAGAAGCAGGAUAAAGAGAAGGAGAGGAAACAAGUGCUGAGUGAAAGAAUUCCUCCCAUCAAACUUUCUGGCCUGUCAGUACAGGAAUUACAGAAACUUUGCAGGGAUUUGCAUCUCAAGGUUGAUGUGAUUGAUGAGGAACGCUAUGACAUUGACGUUAAGGUGGCCAAAAAUGACAAAAAGAUACAGGAAAUGAAUCAGAAGAUCUAUGAGAUGAAGAGCAAGCUGAAGAGGCCUAACCUGAAGAGAGUGAAACUGUCGGCUGAAAAUUUGCUAAGUGUUCUUCUGGGCUCCAAACACACGCAGUCCAUUGAUUUCAAAGCUAACCUGAAGACUGUGAAAAAAGAAGAGGAGAAGAAAGAAGAGGUGACUGACUGGCGUAAGAAUGUGGAGGCCAUGUCAGGAAUGGAGGGCAGAAAGAAGAUGUUUAAUGCUGGACAGACGUAAAAGAUUUGUAUUCCUUUGCUGUCAUGGCCUGGUUUUGGAAGGCGUUUGCUGAGGGGCUGAGAGAGUGACGAAGAUUGAAUUUUGAUCUUGUUUUGGUCAUGAUUGUACUGCGGAUUAUGGUAGAACGCGUUUAUAAAUAGACUGUUUGUGUGAAAUAAGAGUUAACAAUGUUAUAGGCUUAUGUGAUUGUAAUGGAUAAUGGUAGAAUGCGUUUAUAAAUAGACUGUUUGUGUGAAAUAAGAGUUAACCAUGUUAAAUAGCUAUACCAGAGACAAUAAAGUAAUAGUCUUAUCGGCUAACACAAUAAAAAAUAAAAUAAAAA